GCCACUUCCCGUCCAGCCAUUUUAGGCGUUUGUGUCUUCUCUGGAGAGAGACCCGCAGGUUGUGCCCCCAGUGUUUGCGUUUCAUUCCCUGAUUACAGGAGCCGCUGGACAACACGAGGACCCCCCAGUGACCGAAAAUGGAGGCAAUGACCUUUGAGGAUGUGGCUGUGAACUUCUCCCUGGAGGAGUGGGCUAUGCUGAAUCCAUCCCAGAAGAACCUCUACAAAGAUGUGAUGCAGGAAACCUUGAGGAACUUGGCCACUAUAGGAAGCAGUUUGGGGCACCAUGUCAUUGAAAAUAUAUACCGAAAUUCCUGGAGAAAACUAAGUGGCCAAGUGGUGGAGGGACUCUAUGACUAUAAAGACGAUCAUCAUCAGUGUGCAGAAAUCUUUGACUUCACUACCCAGAGCAUUCUACACCAGAACCCCUUUCCAGGAGUGCAUAUAUGUGAAAACAGCGGGUGUGCAAGAGUAGUCAUUGGCCAUUUAUCUCUAAGUGUGCUCCUUAAGCCUGACACAGAGCGUGAAUCCUAUGAAGAGCAGGACUAUGGAAAGGAUUUGUACAACACGAUGGAGUUUGGAGCCACCUCCAGUUCCCUCCCACCCUUUGAGAACCACGAAAGUACUUACACCCUAGAGAGACUGUAUAAAAGUGAGAACUGUGAUGAAGACUAUAGAUACGGUCAAAAUGUUCAAAAGACUUUAGCUGAAGAAAAGCCCUUUCAAUGUAAGCAAUGUGGGAAAGGUUUCAGUUCUUCAAGGUACUUUCGGAGGCAUGAGCGACGCCAUCGUGCGAAGAAAUCCUAUAUAUGUAAGCAGUGUGGGAAAGCUUUUGCUUUUCCCACCUACCUACAAACACAUGAAAGAAUUCACACUGGGGAGAAGCCCUACGUGUGCCUGCAGUGUGGAAAAACCUUUGCCCACUCUCGUUCCCUUAAAACACAUAAAAGAACUCACUCUGUUAGGGACCUCUUUGUGUGCAAUUACUGUGGGAAAACCUUACGUCAUUAUAGUUCUCUUCAGAUUCAUACAAGAAUUCACACUGGAGAGAAACCUUAUGUAUGUAAACCAUGUGGCAAAGCCUUCAUUACUUAUCGUUCUUUUCGAAUACACGAACGAAUCCACACUGGAGAAACGCCUUAUGAAUGUAAGCAGUGUGGAAACACCUUCAUGCGUUGGAUUCAGUUGCGAAAACAUGAAAUAAUUCACAGUGGUGUGAAACCUUAUGCUUGCAAGCUAUGUGGAAAAAGCUUUACGUGUUCUGGUUCCCUGAGAACACACGAAAGAAUUCACACUGGGGAGAGGCCUUACGUAUGUGACCAGUGUGGCUAUAGCUUUACUCGGCUGAAUUCACUUUUAAGACAUAAAAUAACCCACACUGGUGAGAAACCCUAUGUGUGUAAUCAUUGUGGGAAAACUUUUCCUCGUUCUGCUUCUCUUCAAAGACAUGUGAAAAUUCACACGGAGGAGAAACCCUUUGUAUGCAAGCAGUGUGGGGUUGCCUUCGCUACUUCCACUGACCUUCUAGAGCAUGAGCAAACUCACGUGGAUGAAAAGCCUUACGUGUGUGAGCAAUGUGGGAAUGCCUUCGUCCUCUGGAGUCAGUUUCAAAAACAUAAAGCACUUCACAGCGUCCCGGUUUCUUAUAUUUGUAAGCAGUGUGGGAAAAGCUUCACUUCCUCCAGGUCACUGAAAACACAUGAAAGAAUUCACACUGGCGAGAAGCCCUACGAGUGUAAGCAGUGUGGGAAAACCUUUCUUUGGUCUUACUCCCUUCAGAGACAUGAAAAGACUCACAGUGAUGGGAAACCCCACGUGUGCAAACAGUGUGGGCAAGCUUUCACAUAUUACAGUCAUCUUCAGGUGCAUGAAAAAAUACACAUUGAUGAUGACCCUUAUAAUUGUAAGUACUGUGGGAAACCCUUCUUCACUUUGAACCAUUUACAUAGGCAUGAAUUACUCCACACUACCAUGGAUUCCAAUAUUUUUUAAUAAUGAAUGAGCAAAAAAAAAUUGGCUUGGUAGCUUUCCAAGAAAUAAACAAAAUCACACUGGGAGUAAAAGCUGGAUUUGUGCUAGCAGUGUGGAAAAACCUUUUGCUUUGUUUCAUUGAAACAAACAUGAAGUGCCACAAUGGAGAGAAACUUUAAAAAAAAAAAAACUCAGUAUGCAAAUGCUUAAAGUUCCCUGAAGUCCAUGAAAGGAAAACAGGCCUGUGACUGCGAGUGAUGUGGUGAAGCCUUCUGCAGUCCCAGAUCAUGGAGGAGACAUGAGAGCUCUAGAGAAACUUUCUACUUGUAUAUGUGGUGUUGUAAAAAAGCCCUUCACUUCCCUGUUCCCCUUGACUACGUGGAAGGAGUCACGAUGGAGAGAAACCCUUCACAUAUGUAGGCAAGCUUUGAUAAUCUUCAGUUAUUAUCACAUUCUCUCACAGACAUGAAAGAACCUACGGUAGAGAAACCUUCAAAAUAGGAUUUGUGAACUCUUCAUUGUCAUCCCAAUAGCACUCACAAGAAUGUACCUGGGGAGAAUUCCCAUCAAAGGAAAACCAGUAUGAACACCACUUGGUUCAACUAAGAGAUAAGGAAAGAACCUGAUAUGAAGUGUUGAUUUGCUUGAAAGAGAUGUUCAAGGUUUCAUUUGGCACACAUGGAAACAAAACACACCAGAUGAAAACCUUUGCUGUUGAAAACAUUGAAAGUCUAGAACAGUAGUGAAUAUAGGAAAAGUCCUUUGAAAUCUUUUCAUAUUUAAUCUGAUAAAUGUCAGUAUUAUGAAGGACUGGACAUAAUAGGUUUUUUUUUUCUUGUAGCAUGCUCCAGGAAAUGCAUACACUGAAAAGAACGUUGUCAGUACAGUAUUUUGUAUUUAUUGGGAAAUGUCAGGGGCUGAUAGGGAUGGCUUAGCCUUUAGAGCAUCUGCUGCUUUUCCAAAGGACCUACAUUUGGUUUUCAGCACCCAAUCACAGGACUCACAGCUGCAUGUGACUCCAGUUCCUGGAGAUCUAAUUCCUCCCACAUAACAUGUGACAUAAGUUCACAUGUACACAUAAAAAUAAAAUUUAAAUUUUUCUCAAGCCCCUCUUCCCGCCCAAGAAAAAGCUUUUGCUGUGUAUCCCAGGUGUACCUAAAACUGGUAAUUUUCCAAUUCCUAACUCUUGAACACUUAAUGAAAGGUGUCCACUUCCACAUUCGCAAUUUUUAACUCCUGUUUAACAGUUCAUCUCUUGACUCAUUUCUAAAUCUUACUCUCCAAAGCAAGCCUUAGGCAGAGCCUUGUGUAAUGUGGAAUGGCAACUAAAACCCAUGAACUGGAGACCAGAAAGACCUACAUAUGAAAAAAAUCGAAUGUACAUUUUAUUGAAUUAUUUUGGAGGUUUCUUAAAGCAAUCAUGUAUUAGUUUAAUGAGUGAUGUCUUUUUGUAUCAAAUAAGGUAGGUGCUUCCUUCAUUGUACAUUAUGUGGAUUUAUUGAUUAAUUGAUAUAUGAAAUAUGCCAGUCCAUAAAUAUCUUUAAAAAGCAUUUUAGUAUCUAUGUGUGUAAGCAAGAAAAAGAGAGUAGGUUUGUGCUUGUAGAGGCCAGAAGAUGAUGUUAUAUCCUUUGGAGCCAUCUGACAGAUAUUAUAGAUAUCUGACAUGAUUGAUGUGUGUGAUAGGAACUAAAUCCUAAUCUUCAUGAUAGAGCAGUAAGUACUCUUAACUGCUGAGCCUUCCCUCAAGCUCCUGCGCAAAUCAUGUUUAAUGGGUGGUUAAAAUAUGACUUUGUGAAUACUGGAAUAGUCCCAUUGGUUUCAUUUGCCUGAUUUUGUCUAUACUCUCAUUUUUCAUGACAAAAAAACCACUUAGGAGCAUUGCUUAUCUGUUGAUGGUAUGGUUUAUGUGUUGGUAGUGUUCACAAAGGAAUAUUUUGGGUGUCUUACUCUAUUGCUAUGUUCUUCCCCCAAGACAGGUCUCAUUGAUCCUGGAACUAGAUAGACAGCCAAGAAAACCCAGCAUUUCUUGUCUCUUCACUCCCCAUAGUGCUGGGUGUACAGACACAUUCAGUCAUUCCCAGUUUUUUGUUGAUAGGGAAUGAAACUUGAGUCCUCAUAGCAAGUGGUCUUACCCAGUCAGACACCUCCUCAGGCAUAAACUACUUUCAAAUUGAUUUCAUCUCUUGUGUUUAUGUUUCUCUCUGAUGUGUUCUCACGGUCUUUAAGUACAUGUUCUUUCAACUUUGAAGUAUUUUCAAAAUCCUUUUAGAAUAGCAAAUGUAAGGGUGUGUUUAGUUUUGUUUUUUCUAGUCAGAAGGUAGGUGUAAGUAUAUUGUAAUUAUAGGUCAGGUCACUUUUCCAAGUUUGCUUAUUUUUUACUUUUGAGAAUUUCAUACAUGUAUACAAUAAAAGAUGAUCGUAUGUAUCCGCUAUUUCUCCUUCCAACUCUCCCUAUAUUCUCCCUAAUACCCUUCUCGUAGCUUUAUGUCUUUUUAAUUAACCCACUAGGUCUCAUUAGUAUUGCUCAUACAUGCAUGGGUAUGGGGCCAUCCACUGGAGGAUGGGUGACCUACCCGUAGUUACGUCCUCACAAAUGAUUCUUCUCACCUCAGCAGCUAUUCACUGCCGGUAACUUCACAGUAAGGGGUGGGGCCUGGAGAUAACCUAGCCCAUCUGUCCUGGGAUUUUGGACUGCUUAAUUUUAUAGGUUGUGUGCAUGCAGUCACGUGGUGCUAUGAGUUCAUGAUCCUAGUAACCAUGUCAGAAGCCCCGGCACUUCAUAGAAGUCCUCCCGCCCUUUAGUUCUUGCAUUCUUGUUUCUUUGUUGGCUUUCCCUGAGCCUGGGUGGGGGUUGAUACAGCCGUCUCAUUUAGAGGUAAAUAUUCAGUCUGUUCCUAGUUAGGCAUCUCUCCAUUGACAGCUCUCCAUGGUAAAAAGAAGCUGUUCUGACCAAAAUUGAGAGUAGCCAAGGUGUGUUGGUGCCAAGAGAUGAGUGGAUUGUGGAAACUUGGGGGUUUUUUGGAGUUGAUGAUGCUAUGUAGCCUUGGCUAGCCUGGAACUUUCUCUGUAGGCCAAGCUGUUGUCAACUUGCACUUAGAUUUGUUUUAUGUCAUGAACUAUUUGUGUGUGUGUAUAUAUAUGUGUGUGUGUGUAAUUAUGAAAUUUCACUGUGUGAGUUUUGCUUUUCUGUAUAUUUUAUUUUUGUUGUAAUUUCUCUAGUAAUUCACUAAAGGAUAUACUGGUAUUACUGCCUUGCCCCAAACUGUGUUCAAUAAAUUCUACUAACUCUCUCCAUACAUGACACAUGAGUGGCUCAUCUGUAAAAAGCUAGAACUUCUGACAAGACUGAUGUUUUAAUUAGGGGUCUUACAAGGAUUGAUUCUGUACUUAGGUAUCCCCCAUCUUGGAUGCAGUGAGGGGCAAAUGUAAUUCUGCUCUUGUAAUCACAACAGCAGUUACCGGGAAGACCACAGUACUGGAGUUCUGGAUGAUGUAAUUUGCGAGAUGUGCUUGUCAGUCCAUCAGUGAGUAGAAGGCACUUCCACGAUUCAGAAUGUGUGACGGUUUUUCAGCUUACAGAUGUCCUUCUAGAAUGCCCUUCUGUCAGUCAUUAAGGAGCAUUUCUCAUUGGUGGAGACUGUGACCUGGCCUUUAGUGGCAGAAGAUGUGGCCUUGCUGAGUGAGGUGAACUAGUGUUUGGAUAGUUUUUGCAUUUCUUAGUUUCUAUAUAAACACUAAUGUUCAAUAUGACGGAUACAGUUAUCCACAUAUCCUAGAGUUUCCUCCCAGAGGGUUACAUUAUGAGAAGCCCAUGGUAAAGUGAGAAAUAGAAGAAAAGCACUUUACUUUCACCCUGGUGAUCAUCGAACCUCAGACUAGUCUACACCAACAUUUUUGGGCCAACUUACAUUUUCCUAAAGUUGGGGAAAUUUUCGUUUUCUUUAUAUUUAAUUUUUUAAAAAUGUUUUAAAAUUAGUGUGUAUGUUGGCAUAAUUAUAGGUUUUGUCCUGACAUCGUGGCCCAGGUUUCCAUGUACUUUAAACAUAAUCACUGUCUUGUUCCCUUCCUUCUCCCUAGUGGACCUGUUCUCUCUAACAGACUCACUUAUGAUUUCAUCUCUCUCAUUUGUUAAAUCUAGAUUCUGUUCUGUAUACAGAGAGCACCAUUUUGGGGGCUGAGCGUCAUUUACAUGGUGAUUUCCAGUUCCAUCCAUUUUCCUGCCAAGUUUCCUGUUGAGUUCUCAGUGACCUAUUAUAGUCCACAUUUUAUGUAUGCCACAUUUGAAAUUUUUUAGUUUAUCUAUUGAUGGGCACUUAGGCUGAUUCUGUAAUUGAGUACUAGGAGGAGGAGUAUAUGAACCUGUAUACAAGCAUGCAUAGUAUAAUCUGCCUUUGAUUCCUUUUGCUGUGUACUAAACAGUAGUAACCAGGAUCAUAAGAUUUUGAGUUUUUGAUGAAACACUGUUUUUCAGAGUGAAUAUGCUAACGUACAUUUCUAGGAACAGCCAUGCAGUCUCACCAGCUUGUUUUAGUUUGGUUCUGUGAUAACUAAUCACACUAGGUAAACUUAAUUGUAUUGAGAAUAUUUUGUGAUUUAUUGUUUGAGAACUGAUUUCAUGAUUUAUUGUUUGAGAAUAUUUUGUGAUUUAUUGUUUGAGAACUGAUUUCAUGAUUUAUUGUUUGAGAAUAUUUCAUGAUUUAUUGUUUGAGAACUGAUUCCCUGUGUAUUGAUGCAGUUGUUUGUUGGUUUGCAGUGUGUGUGUGUGUGUGUGUGUGUAUUUUCUGUACAUUAAUCUCUUAAAAGAUGAAUGAGUAUCCAAGGAUAGUUUCCCCCAUUCUGUAGUUUUCUCUGACAGUUGAUUCUUUUUUCUGUGUAAAAGCUCUUUUACCUUCAUGCAAUGAUUAAAUUGAGUUUUUUUGUUUGUUUGUUUGUCUUUAACAUUCUUGCUAUGGAGGCCUGACUGGCCUGGGAUUUGCUGCAUAUACCAGGUUAGCAUCUAAUUUACAGCAGUUGUCCUGCUUCUGGUUCUUGGGUGUUCACAUUGUAAUCCUGAGGCUCUCGUGGCUAUUCCCUAUUUGCCAUUCUUCCUGUAAAUUCUUAGAUUCAGAAUACCAUUGUCUGUGCUCUCAGCUUCAUGUAUUCUUUAGAUUUUCCUCUGUGAGUUACAUAUUUUUUAGACCUUAUGUUAAGGUCUUUGCUUCAGUUUGAAUUGGCAUUUGUACAGAAUGCUAGAGGCACUUAGGAAUAUUCUUGUACAUACAGAAUUGUUUUCCUUGUUGAAGAGGCCAUUUAUUACACUAUACAUGAUUUGGAAGCCUUUGCUGAAAUCAGAAGAUUGCAGCUACGUGGUUGUUUGGGCACUGUGUCUGCUUUUAUGUUAUACUGUUUCACUAUGGUUUUAUAGCAUAAUUUGAGUACUGCGAUAACUCUAGCUAGCAUUGCUUUUUGCUCAGUGUUACUUUGACUAUUUGGGGUGUUUUGGUUUUCUUACAAUUACAGGAUUGUGUUUUCUAUUUCUGUAAAUAAUGACAUUGGAGCUUUGAUGGGGUUGUGUGGGGUCUGCAGAACACAUUACACUUUCUCAUAUUACGAUGGUGCUGAUUUGUGAGUGUAGGGAUGUUUUCCAUUUUUCAGAGAAGUCAAUUCUUAAGUGUUUUUAGGUUGUCAUUGUGUGCUCCUUUCACUGGCUUGACUAAGUUUAUUUAUUCAUAGAUAAAUUUGACUUUUUGUCUUGUAACUUAUUUCCUAGGCUUUCGGAACAUCUUUUUCUUGAUUGUUUUAUUAUUAUUUUUAUUGUCAUAUAAACGGCUACUGGUUUUUCUAUGCUGACUUUAUUGUACUAUGCUGAAGUAGUGAUCAGAUGUAGAGUCUUUUGGUGUAGCUGCUUGGGUCUUUUAAGAAUCUGAUCACAGGGGCUGGAGAGAUGACUCAGCAGUUAGGAGCACCGGCUCCUCUUCUAGAGGCCUGAGGCCUGUUUCCCCAGCACCUACAAGGCAGCUCUCACAUCUGUGACUCCAGUUCCAUGGAAUCCAGCUCCCUUUUCUGGUCUCUGGGCACCAUACAUGCAGGCAAAAUAGUUUUUUAAAAGAUGAUCAUAUUGUCUACAAAUAGAGAUUUGACCUCUUAUUUCACUUCCUUUUUCUUUCCUUAUGUUCCCCACUGAACUGAAGAGGUCGUGUGUGGUCGGCAGGUGCUGGGCCUCUGAACUGCAGCCCUGUACUCGAUCCCUUUCCUUUCUUUUCCCUUAUAUUUCCAACUGAGAACUCAAGAGAUGAUAUGACAGUAUAGAGAAGGUGGACACCUUUGUGUUAUUCCUGGUAGAAUGACUUUAGUUUUCCUGCUUGGUAUAAUCUUGGCUCUAGUUUUGUUGUGUAUAACUUGUUACAGUGAGCUGUGUUUCUUUUCCUAGUUUUUUCAGGACUGUAUCAUCAAGGGGCAUUGAACUUUGGACAGAGUUCACUUCUCCAGUGCAGUGAUGAGGGAUUUCAGUCCUUGAACAUCUAUGUUCUCUGUUACAUUUACUGAUUGCUAUCUGUGGAAACUCACUUAUGUGCAAAGAAUGAAAUCAACCUGAUCAUAGUUUGUGGUAUUUUUAAUAUGUUGAAUUUGUUUGAGAGUAUAAUUUUGAGGGUUUUGUUUGUUUUUGAUCUGUUUUCAUCAAGGGUUUUUUUUUUCUUUGUUGUUGAGUCCUUCGUGAUUUUGCUAUCAGGGUAAUACUACCUUCCAAGAAUAAAUUAGUGUUUAGUCCCUUUAUAUUUAGUGAAAUAGUUUAAGAACCUUGGUUGAAUUCAGUAGUGAAUUCAUUAAGUCCUAUACUUUUCCUUUUGGGGGCAAAAUUUAUUACUAGCUUAGUUAUGUUGCUCUUUUACAUUGUUCACAUUCCCUUCAUUUAUAUUUUCUUCGUCUGUUCAUUUUAUUUUGUUAUUGACUGAGAAUUUUAUGCAUGCAUUUUGAUCAGGCCCACCUAUUUCCAUUCCUUGCCUUCUAAUUCUUCUAUCCCCAUCACCACUUUUCCCUCCCCAUUUCCAUUUGUUCUCUUCCAUGUUUAACCUAUAGAGUUUCCUAAUGCUGCCAGUGUGUGCACGGCUGCAGGCCCAUCCACCGUCGCAUGAAUAGCCUCUCCCUGAAGAAAACUGACGCUUCCCCUCCCAGCAGUCAUCAGUUGUCAAUAGAUACUCAGGAGUGGGGUUUUCUAAACACCUCCUCCUUCCAUGCCUGGGUUUUUGUCUGUCUAGAGCUUGUAUGCAAUCACAGCUGUUGUCAGUUGGUAUGUGCAGCUGUCCUGUUAGGUCGAGAGCACACCAUGUGACUAUAAUAAUCCACUGCCUCUGGCUCUUCCAGUCUUUCUGCUCCCUCUUUCAGCAAUGGCCCCAGGUCCCCUGAGAGAAGGGAUUUGAUACAGAUACAUGUCGCAUUUAGGGGUGAGCCCACCAUAAUCUCUUUUUCUCUGUAUGAUGACCAGCUGUGAGUCUGAUAAUUGCCAUCUACUGAAAAACAAAGGACAAAAACCAAACAAAAUACCCAGUCUCGCGAUAAAGGUUGAGAGAGAGAAAUUUAUCUAUGGGUGUUAAGAUACCCAGAAGAGCUGGAUUUAGCACCAUGUCCUUUUAACAGAAUAAUAGUAGAAAGUUCUCCAUAUUAAUGGUACCAGGCAUGGGUUCCAUCUUGUAGAGUGUGUGGAAUUGGCCUUAAAUCCAGUCAAAAAGUGGUUGGUUAUUCCAACAACAUUCAUACCAUAGCCAUGGUCAUAUCUUGUCAGACUGGUUAUCACUGUAGACCAGAGGGCUCUCAGCUGGGUAGGCUUCCUGCAGAGUCUUCUCUGGUAGUAGGCACAGCCCCUUACAGCACCAUGAAAGCUAGCAAUAGGAUGAAGCCUCUAGGUCAGAAUAAACUUGAUUUCUUCAUGUUCCAUGACUCAGUAAGUGGUGUCUUCAGUAAUAGGGUCUUAUCAUCAAGUUCUGUGUGGUAACCAAGGACAAUAGCAAUAGCCUAUAAUAUUGGGGGGGGGUUGUCUAUGGGACUCCACCUCUUGACUUAAUUUUGAUAUUUCAUAACUAUCUUGAAAUUAUCCUUGACUUUCCAGUUUGUGAUAGCAGCUUUCAAAGUAUCCUCAAAUUAUCCUCUGCAUUUUAUUUCCCAUGUAUUAUAAUGUCUCCCUUUCAACCCUAACUUUAUUCAUCUGAAUAAAUGAAUGAAACAUAAGAUAAUAAGCAGCAAAGUACUUAAUUAAAAUUUUGUAAAUAUUAUGACUGCCUGAAAAUUGCAUAGGGAGCAGCUAUAGGGUUGAAUUUUGUAUUUUUAUUUUUUUGGUGUGGUCACCCUUCCUCGGUGUACUUUUUAGUGAUGCAACUGACUUUGAGUCACCCAUAUGCCUGUAAGUAACCCCUCAUUCAUACUCCUGUAAGUAAAUCUCAAUAAAGUCAUUGU